AGGAGCAAGGAAUGUGAUCCCUCCCGGCAGGGCAGCCAGGGAGGGGAGCAUAUCUGGGGUUAAAGGCCCCCUGGAGCUCAAAAACAAGCAGGUGCCCCACCGUGCCAGAUACAGCCGCCUCAACUGCUUCCAGCCUGCAACAAGUCUGCGACCGACCGGCCACGGACCAGGUUCCAGCAGCCAGCCUGUGACAGGCAUCAGGUCGGCUCCCUCCCGCCCGGCUGCGCCCAGAAGAACCCAGCCGGGGCCCCUGCUGCGGCUGCACCCCCCCAGGAGAGGGAGUUUCCGCCCAGAUCUUCCUUUUAUCUGAAGCCGGCGGCCCAGCAGGCUGUGCAGACUCAUAGAGGCAGCUUGAGCUGCAGCCCCCACCCCCGCCCCCACCCUACCCCUGCCUGGAGGGAGCCUGCGGGGGCAUCGAGGGCAGGUGUCUGCGGUCCCUGGAGAAGCAGGAGACCCGGUGGGCCCUGGGCUUCGCUGUCAGCGCAGGGAGGUCUCUGGCCACUACUGAACCACACCAUGUGGGUCCUGGGUCCCUGCUGGUUCUGGGCCCGUUGGGGGCAAGUGAUGGCACUGCUGUUGCUUGGGGGGCCCCCUCGAGGCGGAGCCCUGCCGCCCAUCCGUUACUCCCACGCUGGCAUCUGCCCCAAUGACCUGAACCCUAACCUGUGGGUGGAUGCCCAGAGCACCUGCCAGCGCGAGUGUGAGACGGACCAGGAGUGUGAGACCUAUGAGAAGUGCUGCCCCAACGUGUGCGGGACCAAGAGCUGUGUGGCGGCCCGGUACAUGGACGUGAACGGGAAGAAGGGCCCGGUGGGCAUGCCCAGGGAGGCCACGUGCGACCACUUCAUGUGCCUGCAGCAGGGCUCCGAGUGCGACAUCUGGGACGGCCAGCCCGUGUGCAAGUGCAGGGAUCGCUGCGAGAAGGAGCCCGGCUUCACCUGCGCCUCCGACGGGCUCACCUACUACAACCGCUGCUACAUGGACGCCGAGGCUUGCUCUAAGGGCGUCACCCUGGCCGUGGUCACCUGUCGCUACCACUUCACCUGGCCCAACACCAGCCCCCCGCUGCCUGAGACCACUGUGCGCCCCACCACGGCCUCGCCGGAGACGCCGGCGCUGGACACUGCAGCCCCGGCCUUGCUCAACCACCCCGCGCACCAGUCGGUCACCGUGGGCGAGACGGUGAGCUUCCUCUGUGACGUGGUGGGCCGGCCCCGGCCUGAGGUCACGUGGGAGAAGCAGCUGGAGGACCGGGAGAACGUGGUCCUGCGGCCCAACCACGUGCGUGGCAACGUGGUGGUCACCAACAUUGGCCAGCUGGUCAUCUACAAUGCCCAGCCCCAGGACGCUGGCAUCUACACCUGCACAGCCCGGAAUGCUGCCGGGGUCCUGCGCGCGGACUUCCCGCUGUCCGUGGUCAGGCCUGGCCAGGCCGUGGGCACCUCGGAGAGCAGGACCAACGGCACCGCCUUCCCCGCAGCCGAGUGCCUGAAGCCCCCGGACACGGAGGACUGCGGCGAGGAGCAGACCCGCUGGUACUUUGACACCCAGGCCGGCAACUGCCUCACUUUCACUUCCGGCCACUGCGACCACAGCCGCAACCACUUUGAGACCUACGAGGCCUGCGUGCAGGCCUGCAUGAGAGGCCCGCGGGCCCUGUGCAGCCUGCCCGCCCUGCAGGGGCCCUGCAAGGCCUAUGCCCCUCGCUGGGCCUACAAUGGCCAGACGGGCCAGUGCCAGCCCUUUGUCUAUGGCGGCUGUGAGGGCAAUGGCAACAACUUCGAGAGCCGGGAGUCCUGCGAGGAGUCCUGCCCCUUCCCGCGGGGCAACCAGCGCUGCCGGGCCUGCAAGCCUCGGCAGAAGCUCGUGACCAGCUUCUGCUGGAGCGACUUUGUCAUCCUGGGCCGAGUGUCCGAGUUGACCGAGGAGCCGGAUGCGGGCCGAGCCCUGGUGACCGUGGACGAGGUCCUCAAGGAUGAGAAGAUGGGCCUCCAGUUCCUGGGCCGGGAGCCGCUGGAGGUGACCCUGCUCCACAUGGACUGGGCCUGCCCCUGCCCCAACGUGACGGCCGGAGAGACGCCCCUCAUCAUCAUGGGCGAGGUGGACGGCGGCAUGGCCGUGCUGCGUCCCGACAGCUUCGUGGGCACGUCCAGCAUCCGGCGGGUCAGAAAGCUGCGUGAGAUCAUGCACAAGAAGACCUGCGACAUCCUCAAGGAGCUGGACACCCCCUGAGUCCCCACCUGGCCCCAUUCCCUUCCCACCCUGCCCGCUCCCAUCCCACCCCGCCCAACACCUGCAGCCGGAUGACAGGGCAAGGUCAGAGUAGCUAGGAAAUCUCAACUCACACUGGAGAGAAACGUCACCAGAGGGGUCCAGGUCAGCUUCUUGUCCUGGGGUCUUUUUGAGUUGAGGGGGCAAAAGGAGCUGUGUACAGCCAGACACAUACAACCGCCUCCUUGCUGCAGGCAUACUCGUUGCUUCCCACUGCUCCCAGGCGCUCCCCCACCCCCCCAGGAUUCUAGAGAUGGCUGCACCCAGUCACAGGAAGGGUUGACUGAGUUGGGGAGUGAAGGUGGUAGAUGGGGACAGAAAGGAGGUCCCAAGAACCCAUCUGGACAAAUUCUCCCCCAGCCCCCUAGAUCCUGAUGGUCAGUCUGUCACGUUAAGGGCUGUGGGCAGUGGGAAGCGGGAGGCAGGCAUCCGUAACCCGGCACACAACUUCCCCGAGCGGAGGCUGCAGGGACAAGGGGUCUGCACUGUGGCUUAGGCUCUGAAAAACUCCCAAUGCACUAGCAGGACACAGGCUAGUUCUUGCCUGGGGUGUUCUGUUGGUCCAGCUCCAUUCCCUCUGACUCAGUGGCUACUUCCUGAACACUGACUAUGUGCCAAGUGCCCUGGCCACAGAGAAUGGCUAUAUCCGUCUGGCUCAACUCCUAGUGACCUAGUACAAAUCCCCCCAGAAGCAGCCCAUAGCUGUCAAAGGGUCCCAUUUGACAGACAGCAUGCUUUCCUAUGAGGCGGUUUCCUUAGAAAUCAAGCAGAUGAAAGUCAGCCGAUCUGUUUCGGUGGAGGGAAAGAAAGGGCCAUGGGGCCAGGGCAGUGUAGGAGUGAGUUAAGACAGCAGGAAGGGAGGAGGGGGGCCGGUUAGAGAAGGAGCGUUGCUCGAAGCUGCCAUCUGGUGGUACUCAGCGGCAUCUAGAGAGAGGCGCUAGAGCUGGCCUGGGAGGGCAGGUUCCCGGAUGUAGCAGCUCCUGGGAAUUGGGUGUGUGUUUCCAGACUCCCUGUGUGGACCCCAUCACUAGGUGGAAGAUUUGGGGAACUGUCAGCUCCGCAUGCCCCCCGCCCCUCCCCGCAGCCUUUCAUCUGUUCAAGCCCCUCCACAGCUGUAGCAGGUCCUGGAAAAGGCAUCCCAUUAAAAGGCUACAUUGUAUCCAGA